CUUCUGUCCCUCAGGGCUAUCGUGGAAAAGAAGUUGGCCGCCUGCGUCAACAUCGUCCCCGCCAUCACGUCCGUAUAUGAGUGGCAGGGUAAGAUCGAGGAGGACACUGAGGUGCUGCUGAUGAUCAAAACCAGAAGCUCCAAGGUGCCCGCUCUGGCUGAAUACGUCCGGUCCAACCAUCCCUACGAGGUGGCCGAGGUCAUCAGCCUGCCCAUCGACCAGGGGAACCCGCCGUACCUCAAGUGGAUUGGACAAGUCGUCCCCGAGUGAGGACGCAGAGCGGGUGACCUCAUCGGUUGCCCCCGGAGACGCAGGGAGACAACAUCUCAAAACCUGUGAUGUUCUUAAGGAGAGUUACAAGAAGAAAGUGAGCGCCGCAUUUAGUUGAUUUACACUAUGAGAAUCUAAAAGGCUUUUCUCUUCUUGGAGGCCUUUGAUUGGUUGAUAAGCGUCACCUGGUUUCUCCUCCUCCUUGUUGACCUCCAGAGGCCGGCCUCGGCCUCGGCCUCUGCAGAAUAAACUGCUGCAGCUCCUUCUCACCACAUGCAUCUUUAAAUGGUCAGAUUGCUCAUUUCUUCUGUGAGUGAAGCACUUUGUAAUAAAUUGGAUCCAUUUUUGAUCGAU